GUGUAUUGAACUUCGGAGCUCAUUUCGGAGAAAUGGAGAGAGGGCAACUGUGAUUGCAUUCUCUCUGUCUCUCCCUUUCUUCUUCUUCUCCUCCUCUCUUUGUACAUCCUCAUCUCUUUGUAAAUCCCCAAACUUCGACGAUCCAAUCAAUCAAUCGAUCUCUCGCAGGAAUUCACUCAUUAGGUCUUCAUUCGUGGGAACUCAUUUUCUGAAUUUCUGCCUGAUCUUCGAUUCCAGUGACAGAUCCAGUGAUCUUACUUUGUUUAUAGGUUCAAGCAAUGCGCGUUAUGGAUUCGUGGAGAAGCCCUAGAGCUGGUUUCUCUGGCUACGCUCUCCUCCUCCUCGUUUCCACUGUUCUGCUGGCAUUCUCACUUGUUUCUGCUCAGGAAUUUGAGUCUGAGGUGGGAACUCGUAAAGACCUCUCCAACGGAUCUGGUAAAGCCCUGAGCCGCCGUAGCAAAAUUUUUCUAGACCACCAGAUUGGGACUGACCCAGAAUUACUUGGUCUCACUGGAAUCCCGGAAUCUUCUGGUCUUGGGAUUUUCGAUGCGUUCUUCGCGAGUCUGUCAAUGAUCAUCGUCAGUGAGAUUGGAGAUGAGACAUUUAUAAUAGCGGCACUUAUGGCAAUGCGACACCCCAAAUCAAUUGUUCUAUCAGGUGCUCUCAGUGCACUAUAUGUGAUGACAGUGCUUUCCACUGGGCUUGGUAGGAUUGUGCCUAAUCUGAUAUCAAGGAAGCAUACCAACAGUGCUGCAACAGUUCUAUAUGCAUUUUUUGGGCUGCGGCUUCUUUACAUUGCUUGGAGAUCUGAUUCAAAGUCAUCACAGAAGAAGGAAAUGGAAGAAGUAGAGGAGAAACUUGAAGGAGGGCAAGGGAAAACAACUCUUCGUCGUUUCUUUUCAAGAUUUUGUACGCCGAUAUUUUUGGAGUCUUUUAUUCUAACAUUUCUAGCAGAGUGGGGUGACCGUAGCCAGAUAGCAACAAUAGCUCUGGCAACCCACAAAAAUGCUGUUGGAGUUGCUCUAGGAGCCUCAUUAGGGCACACGAUCUGCACGUCAAUUGCGGUGGUUGGGGGAAGUAUGCUGGCAUCCAGGAUCUCACAACGCACAGUUGCUACUGUUGGGGGCCUACUGUUUCUUGGCUUUUCUGUAUCUUCAUACUUCUACCCUCCACUAUAACUGUGAUUUUGUAGGUUAAAGUUGAUUCAUU